AUGGCAAAAAAUGACAGUUGUAUCAAACGUUUUGUGAAACAAAAUAUGUUGAUUUUAUUGACAAUCGGAGGUGUUGUGGUUGGCGUGGUCCUAGGUCUUGGUCUUCGCAAUGUAGGCGAAGAAACGUGGAAUCAGAGGAAUGUGAUGUACGCCAAUUUCGUCGGUGAUCUGUUCCUUCGGUGCAUCAAAGCAAUCAUUUUGCCUCUUAUCAUAACUUCUUUGAUUUCUGCGGUUGGUUCCAUGGAUCAAAGUAUGUCAAGAAAAAUCGGUGGAAUGUCCAUUUUAUACUAUAUGACCACAACUAUUUUGGCGGUAAUAGAGGGGAUCGUAUUAGUUAUAACCAUUGAACCGGGAAAGAAUAUGAAUGAUGAAAACGAUUCUGUAAAUAAACAGAAAACUAAUAGUACUACAGUGGACACUUUGCUGGAUCUAAUACGGAAUAUAAUUCCUCCAAAUCUCGUGCAAGCAUGUUUGGAACAAUAUCAGACCGUCUUAACUCCCCCAACGACGAACCAGAAUGAACCUGAUCUCAAUAAAUGGGAUAUAUCCGGACGUUAUAUAACUGGUACUAACUUGAUUGGCAUAGUAGCAACAUCUAUUGCCUUCGGAGUAGCAUUAAGCGCUGUGAAAAAUGAAGCACAUGAACUGCUAGUAUUUGUACAGCAAUUGUCGGUAACGGUUAUGAAAGUUACCGGGUGGAUUAUAUGGUUAUCUCCAAUCGGAGUUCUAUCACUCAUCAUGGCGAAAUUUUUGGAAAUGGAUGACAUAGGCGACGUUUUUGCCAAACUAGGAAUGUAUUUCGCUGUAGUAGUUUGUGGAAUCAUUUUCCAUGGGAUCGUUGUACUUCCAACAAUUUACUUUGUUCUAACUAGAAAAAAUCCGUACAAGUUUCUUGCUAAUAUGGGACAGGCAAUCGCUACAGCAUUUGGAACUUCAUCUAGCUCGGCAACGAUGCCGGUUACACUACAAUGCUUAGAAACAAAGAAUAACAUUGAUACACGAAUAACUCGGUUUGUUAUUCCCAUUGGAACAACCAUUAACAUGGACGGAACUGCUCUGUAUGAAGCCGUCGCUGCAAUCUUUAUUUCUCAACUACGUGGAAUAGAGCUUACUUUUGGUAAUAUUAUAGCACUCGCGAUCACAGCUACUGCUGCAAGCAUAGGAACGGCAGCGGUACCUCAGGGGGGUUUGGUAACACUUGUAAUGGUUCUGGAUUCCAUUGGACUACCUAGUGAAGAUGUAUCAUUGAUCAUUGCUAUCGAUUGGCUAGUAAAUCGAUUCCGCGCCGUGGUAAACGUUUUAGGAGAUUGUUUCGGAGCUGGUAUCGUGGAACAUUAUAGUAGAAAAGAUCUGUUGAAUAAUAAUUAA